CAAACUUCCUGUCCCGCGCUCGAGCUGCUUCCGGCGGGAGCCGGAAGACGCUGUGUGUGGACGGGAUUCGGAGCGACUGACUGACGGCCGGUCGGCUGCCCGGGGACGGACCGGAGGCUCAUUUGAUUACCUGCCAAGAAGAGCAUUGCAUUGCCUAAAGGAAUAUGAGCAAAACAGGGCAGCAUCAUUGACUGAAUUAAAUUUGAGCUUGUCCCCUGAACAACUACAACAUUUGGAAACUGAAUCAAUGUUAUCAGAUGAGUUAGAAUCCAAACCAGAGCUCCUGGUCCAGUUUGUUCAGAACACGUCCAUCCCACUGGGACAGGGGCUAGUAGAAUCAGAAGCUAAAGACAUUACUUGUUUGUCCCUCCUUCCGGUGACUGAGGCCCCAGAAUGUGGUCGGCUAAUGUUACCAGAUGAUACCCCAAAUCACACCAGUUCCUCCAAAGAAGUCCCUUCCUCGGCUGUGCUAAGAAGCCUUCAGGUCAAUGUGGGCCCUGACGGAGAGGAGACGAGGGCUCAGGCUGUACAGAAAUCCCCGGAGUUUCUGACCACUGCAGAGUCUCCCAGCCUGUUACAAGACCUACAGCCAAGCGACAGCACUUCUUUUAUUCUCCUUAACCUAACAAGAGCAGGCCUGGGCUCUUCUGCCGAGCACUUAGUGUUUGUACAGGACGAAGCAGAGGACUCGGGGAAUGACUUCCUCUCCAGUGAGAGCUCCGACAGUAGCAUUCCUUGGUUCCUCCGGGUGCAGGAGUUGGCCCAUGACAGUCUGAUCGCUGCCACCCGUGCACAACUUGCAAAGAGUGCAAAAUCCAGCACUAAUGGAGAAAAUGUCCACCUUGGUUCUGGUGAUGGGCAACCCAAAGACUCUGGACCUCUUCCUCCAGCGGAAAAGAAGCUGAAAUGUACAGUUGCAGGCUGCGACCGGACAUUCGUGUGGCCAGCUCACUACAAGUACCACCUCAAAACUCACCGAAAUGACCGCUCCUUCAUCUGCCCCGCAGAAGGUUGUGGGAAAAGCUUCUAUGUGCUGCAGAGGCUGAAGGUACACAUGAGGACCCACAACGGGGAGAAGCCCUUCAUGUGCCCCGAGCCGAGCUGUGGGAAGCAAUUCACCACAGCCGGUAACCUGAAGAACCACCUGCGUAUCCACACAGGGGAGAAGCCUUUCCUUUGUGAAGCCCAAGGAUGCGGCCGUUCCUUUGCUGAGUAUUCUAGCCUCCGAAAACACCUGGUGGUUCACUCAGGAGAGAAGCCUCACCAGUGCCAGGUCUGUGGGAAGACCUUCUCUCAGAGUGGGAGCCGGAAUGUGCACAUGAGAAGGCGUCACCUGCAGCUGGGAGCGGCCGGGAGGCAAGAGCAGGAGCUGCCUGCUGAGCCACUCAUGGGCAGUAGUUUGCUUGAAGAGGCUUCAGUCCCCAGUAAAAACCUGGUGUCUAUGAAUUCCCAGCCCAGCCUUGGUGGAGAGUCCUUGAACCUACCAAAUACCAAUUCUAUCCUGGGAGUUGAUGAUGAGGUGCUUGCUGAAGGAUCUCCACGUCCCCUGUCUUCAGUGCCUGAUGUGACACAUCACUUGGUAACCAUGCAGCCUGGGAGGCAGUCGUACGAGGUUUCUGUCUUGACUGCGGUAAACCCACAGGAGUUACUAAGCCAAGGCGACUUAACUGACAGACAGACAUGAACUUGGGUGCCGACUCCUGGUGGACAGCUCUGAUGGCAGAGUGCACGCAGCGGGAACAGCCUGCCACAACCAGGGUGAAUCCGUGAGGAUCUACACCCGCCUUCACCUUCCCUGGCACUGAAGGUCGAUGUGGGCGAGCUUCUCCUGUCUGCCAUCGGAUCCAGGCAAGGGGCCAGAGAGGCUGGGGGCUGCCUGCCUGCCUGCAGCUGCCACUCUUCCUGCUGCAGAAUGCUGGGCUCGGCAUCUCCCCCCAGUGCGUUCAGGUGUGCGUGGGCCGGGCCUUCUCGUGACGGCUGAGGGGAGGUUUCUUCUGAGCAUUCACCCCGCACUCAGCGCUGCUCUUCCCGUGGGUGAGCUGCGCCCUGCCACCAGCCACGGAGCUUCGCCAGGAAGUUGAGCUUUCAAGAUGCCUUGUUCCUUUGAAGGAGGGAGGGAUGUCAACCUGUGGCUAUUUCUCCCUCUGGCCACCUGAGUGAGAGACUCUGCCUCUGGGCUGCAAAAAAUAAAUUACUUGAAUCUCCUCCUG